AUGAAAACUCCCUGUUCUGUCUCCAGCCUGCUCCUGGCAGUAGCUCUUCUGGUCUCCCCGGGCUCAGCUGCUUCCAGAAAGCCGAACAAGACAGUCACCGCAGACUCUGUCUUCCGCAAUGGCUCCAUCUACUCUCUCGAUCUCCUCUCCACAAAAUACUCUGCCCUCGCCGUCAAAGAUGGAUACAUCACCUUCCUAGGUGACGAAGAAAGCAUUCAGUCGUAUAUCGCCAAGAACACCUCGGUCUUCAACCUAGAAGGCCGAAUGAUGAUGCCUGGUCUUGUGGACGCCCAUAUGCAUCCCAUUAGUGGCGGAGCUGGCCUUCUCAAGUGCAACAUGAACUUUCAGCCAUUGGGUCUCAGCAAAUUCCUUGAGAAGAUUCAGAGUUGUCUUGAUGAUGAUAAAAAUAAGACGGAUGAAGACUGGCUAGAAGUCAUUUCUCUUGACUACUACGCCUUGGUUGAUGAUACGGGUGGCGUUACGAAGAAAGACUUGGACAAGCUCAAGACAAAAAGGCCUAUUUUGGUUGCGUCAGCUGAUUCGCAUACCUUCUGGGUCAACUCCGCUGCGUUGAAGGUAUCAUCCCUCACAAGCAAGACCAAGGACCCAAGAAACGGCAAAUUUGAGCGCCUCCCAGGAAGUCAAGAACUUUCAGGAAUUUUACAAGAUUCUGCAACGAGUUUGUUAGCAGGACCGGCGCCACCAACAGCCGAGGACAACAUUCGAUCUGCCAGAGCAGCGUUGAAACUUCUUCGGGAGGAAGGUGUGACGAGCUUCCAGGAGGCUGCGUCCAGCGAGGAUACAGCUCUUGCGUUUGCAGCUAUCAGAAAAGAGGGAGGUUUAACAGCUCGUGGCUUUUUCGACUAUCUCGUGCAGCCACCAAAUAACACUGCGGGCAUUGAUGAUCUCGUCAAGGAUGUGGUCAAUGUUACUGCGACAUGGAGCGAUAAGAGAGAGUUGAGCCCCAAGCCUUCUAUGAAGUGGCACGCUGUCAAAAUGUUCAUGGACGGCGUUCUCUUGUACCCCGCCAACACCGGAUCUCUCAUCGAGCCAUACUUUCAGCCUGUGGCUAAUACCUCAAUGUGGGCACCCAAAUCAAAUUUUGGACCCAAAACAUACUGGGACAAGGAAACUUUGAGUCUUACCCUGACAAAACUGUUCAAGAACAACAUCGAUGCUCAGAUACACGUUGACGGAGAUCUCGCUGUUCGAACAGCCCUCGAUGCUCUCGAGGAGUUGCGUAACAAAAACCCCAAACUUCGGGAUUACCGCGUUGGAUUCGCGCAUAACGAAGUAACUGAUCCUUCAGACUGGCCUCGCUUCGCCGAACUGAAAGCCGAUCCUAUCAUGAGCUUUCAAUGGUCACAGGCUAGUUCAGUCUGGCUCCCGAAUGGUGUGAAGAGUAUGGGUCCAAGACGAUCGCAUUACAUGGAGGCUUUUGGAGAACUUGCCAAGUUUGGGUCUGCUAUUGUAUACGGUAGCGACUGGCCGUGGCUAGCCAUCAAAGCAGGCGUCACGCGCUCUGGCGAUCCCAAGAACCCUCACUCUCCCGCUUCACAAGGCGCACCCUACGACAGCAACGGUCUCCCUGGCCUGACCUUAACACGCGACCAAGCUAUCCGCGCUAUCACAACCGAGAGCGCUCGUUUCCUCCGUGCUGAUGCUUACAUCGGUUCCCUUGAAGUUGGAAAACUUGCUGAUGCUAUUGUUUUGAAGGCUAAUUACUUUAAAGUCCCCAAGGAGCAUAUUGCAAGGCAGAAGACACUGCUGACGAUGGUUGGUGGUGAGGUAGUGUAUAUCGCUGAUGAGGUUGACUUCAAGAAUGGUGUUAAGGCGAAGUUUGCGAAUGAUGAUGAUGUUGGGAGGAUGAUUAAGAGGAGGAGUGUUGGGGGCAUUCAGGGAAGGGAUUUGUCGGAGGAGGGGAAGGGAUCUGUGCAGCGGCUUCAGACUCGUGGAGCCUCGAAGUCUUUCUACUGA